CAAUCGAUUUUGCUAGUGCUUUCUGAGUCUUUGCCUUGUUUCUACAUUUUGGGGCAUUUUUCUAGUGAUUCACCAUUGAGUUGGAUCCUAAUUAUUUCUUUACAGACAGAUUUGUUUAGAUUUAGAUAGAUAGAGCUGUGCAUGUAGACAUAUGUGUAAACUCUGUGAUUAGAGAAUUGUACUCUUAUACUAUUUGUUCUUUUAUAAUUCAGGAGUGAAUAUUGAAGUUUAGCAAAUACCUUUUUAUCUAAAAAUAUCAUAUUAAACUACUUAACCUUGUGUAAAAUAUAGUGUUUGUGGAUGAGGCGUACUCCUGAGGGUCUCAGAUUGAGAAACACAGCUCAACACACCUCCUGCUAUUCAGUUGAGCAGUAAGGUCAAUGUCUGCUUAACUAUCAGCAUUGAAACAUACUCAUUUCCGAUCUCAUUUGAUAGCUAUGUAUUUUCAGUUUACAGGUUUGCUGGGUUUGAAUUUGAAUACGAAAGAAUGAGAGUUCACUUGUUAUCUAAAAACAUUUUUUUCUUAAAAUUUUGAUUCUUCCCACUCUUCAACAUUUACCCUAAAAUCUUAAAGAAAGCCUUUUUAUCAUCAUAGCCAUUAGGGUACCUCCAUUCUGCCUCAUCUCUAUGAUAAACGCAAAGAAUACAAGGAGAUUUUGAGGAACUUUUUGUUUACCUCACAAAAGAAAACUCUUUCAUAAAUCAAAAUUUACUGCAUUCCAAAAGAGCUAUACCUUCUAAUUGAAUUUUUUUUUAAAUAACAAAUUUAAAUAUGAAGAAAAAUGUCCCGACCUCUUGCAUUGAAUGUAACUUUAUUUUGUCCUUUGAACCAAGGGGCCUGAUGUUGACUAAGCUUCUGUUAGCUUCAUUUUGAACAGAGGAUGACAUCCUAAACAUGAGAGACACAGACACUGCUUCAAACUGAAUAUGUUUCCUCUUCAUCAUUGACCUCUGUUUCUGUCAUUUGAGUUCAAAAUAGAGCCUCUGGUGAAAUGUACGCUGUUUUGGCUCCCAGUCUGUGCCAGACACUGUACUUGUCUCUUUCUAGUUGUCAGACACUGAGGAAGCUGCUAUCACCAUGCCCAUUAUCUCCAUUACAACCCAGAAGACUGAAGAACAGGAAGGGAAAGCAACUUAUCCAAGACAAUUGGCUAAUAAUGGCAACUCUCAGGUUUAUGCCCAGAUCUGUGUGCUUCCAAAUCCAGGGUCCUUUCCAUUGUCCUUGCUGUCUUAUUCAUGUCCUUUUACUUAUCUAUGUCCUAACUCAACUUCUCUUCCUGCCCUCUUUUGCCCCUUCUCCUGCAGACCCGUGACCAAGGUGUAGACUAAGAAGUGGAGUCAUGCUUCACACGGCCACAUCAUGUUGGCAGCCAUUCCUGGGUCUGGCUGUGGUGUUAAUCUUCAUGGGAUCCACCAUUGGCUGCCCUGCUCGCUGCGAGUGCUCUGCCCAGAACAAAUCUGUUAGCUGCCACAGAAGGCGGUUGAUCGCCAUCCCAGAGGGCAUUCCCAUUGAGACCAAAAUCUUGGACCUCAGCAAGAAUAGACUAAAAAGCGUCAACCCUGAAGAAUUCAUAUCAUAUCCUCUGCUGGAGGAGAUAGACUUGAGUGACAACAUCAUUGCCAAUGUGGAGCCAGGAGCAUUUAACAAUCUCUUCAACCUGCGUUCCCUCCGCCUAAAAGGCAAUCGCUUGAAGUUGGUCCCAUUGGGGGUAUUCACAGGGCUAUCCAACCUCACCAAGCUUGACAUUAGUGAGAAUAAGAUUGUCAUUUUACUGGACUACAUGUUCCAAGAUCUGCAUAACCUGAAGUCUCUAGAAGUGGGAGACAAUGAUUUGGUUUAUAUAUCACACAGGGCCUUCAGUGGGUUGCUUAGCUUGGAGCAACUCACCCUGGAGAAAUGCAACCUAACAGCAGUACCAACAGAAGCCCUCUCCCACCUCCGCAGCCUCAUCAGCCUGCAUCUGAAACAUCUCAAUAUCAACAAUAUGCCCGUGUAUGCCUUUAAAAGAUUGUUCCACCUGAAACACCUAGAGAUUGACUAUUGGCCUUUACUGGAUAUGAUGCCUGCCAAUAGCCUAUAUGGUCUCAACCUCACAUCCCUCUCGAUCACCAAUACCAACCUGUCUACUGUACCCUUCCUUGCCUUUAAACACCUGGUAUAUCUGACCCACCUUAACCUCUCCUACAAUCCCAUCAGCACUAUUGAAGCAGGCAUGUUCUCUGACCUGAUCCGCCUUCAGGAGCUUCAUAUAGUGGGGGCCCAGCUCCGCACCAUUGAGCCUCACUCCUUCCAAGGGCUCCGCUUCCUUCGUGUGCUCAAUGUGUCUCAGAACCUACUGGAAACUUUGGAAGAGAAUGUCUUCUCCUCCCCUAGGGCUUUGGAGGUCCUGAGUAUUAAUAACAACCCUCUGGCCUGUGACUGCCGUCUCCUCUGGAUCCUGCAGCGGCAUCCCACUCUGCAGUUUGGCGGCCAGCAGCCCAUGUGUGCUGGCCCAGACACCAUUCGUGAGAGGUCAUUCAAGGAUUUCCAUAGCACUGCCCUUUCUUUUUACUUUACCUGCAAAAAACCCAAAAUCCGUGACAAGAAGUUGCAGCAUCUGCUAGUGGAUGAAGGGCAGACGGUCCAGUUAGAAUGCAGCGCUGAUGGAGACCCUCAGCCUGUGAUUUCCUGGGUGACCCCUCGAAGGCGUUUUAUCACCACCAAGUCCAAUGGAAGAGCCACUGUCUUGGGCGAUGGCACCUUGGAAAUCCGCUUUGCCCAGGAUCAAGACAGUGGGAUGUAUGUUUGCAUUGCUAGCAACGCUGCUGGGAAUGACACCUUCACAGCCUCCUUAACUGUGAAAGGAUUCGCUUCAGACCGCUUCCUCUAUGCGAACAGGACCCCAAUGUACAUGACCGACUCCAAUGACACCAUUUCCAAUGGCACCAAUGCCAAUACUUUUUCCCUGGACCUUAAAACAAUACUAGUGUCUACAGCCAUGGGCUGUUUCACAUUCCUGGGAGUGGUUUUAUUUUGUUUUCUCCUCCUUUUUGUGUGGAGCCGAGGGAAAGGCAAGCACAAAAACAGCAUUGACCUUGAGUAUGUGCCCCGAAAAAACAAUGGUGCUGUUGUGGAAGGGGAGGUGGCUGGACCCAGGAGGUUCAACAUGAAAAUGAUUUGAGGGUCUACCACUCACACUAUUGUUUCUGUGUCAUUGUUGGUAACCAGUAAGACAGCCUGGCACAGUAAAUUCCUAGAUUAAAAGGCAGCUUAGUGCAGCUGCCCCUGUGUCAAAGCAGGGUCCAUGGAAGCAGGAGGACUUCUUAUGGAAACUCUCCACCGAGAGGCAGGCAGGCACGUGUCAGAGCCCUUCACACAGUGGGAUACUAAUUGUUUGCAUUGCAAAUAUUGGCAUUCUGGGGAUCUCAGUAAUGACCUGAACCUUUGACUCAUGCUCAUGGACAGUUAUUCAACAUUUUCUACCACUGCAAAAACAAAAGAAAAAAUAAAAAGGAAGAACCUACAAUGUAGGAUUUACAUAUUAAAAAGACACAUUUGUCUAAAACAUAUUCUACAGAAAAAUUUGUAUCUAUGAUUAUCAUUUGUUAAAGCCUUGCAUCAUACCAUAUUGUUGGUUCAACACCACAAAGAAAUUAAUAUAUUCUUUACUCUUCUUUUUUUUUUGAAACAUAUAUGCUGUAUAUGUUUUAAAGCAAUAUGAAUGAGAGGUUAUGCUUUUAGUUACUCUCCACUAUAGAUCCAUGUGUGAUUUCACCUUCCUUUACAUGCAGAUAACCCUGAGACUAGAUCCCUGGAGUUAUGGGCAGAGAUGUGUUGAAAGUUGCAUUUGUCCGAUGUAGGAUGCCGAGAAAACAGGACCCAAGGCAAAACUGCUCAACUGUGUUAACUUCUGUUACUAUAAAUAAAGGCAUGUGCCUAGUUUUGAUACAGAA